CCCAACCCAUUUGUCUUUGGUCUCGGGUGGACAAUCUCUGACCUUGACAAGGCGGCACCUGUACCCAUGGCUCGGAGUUCGCGCAAUCCCUUUGGCUUCGGUCCCUACGUCGUCACCUUCUACGCUGUUGUCAUCUAUGCCGGUCUGUUCGCAGCGCUUCUCGUCACGCACCAUGUGCUGCCACCAGCUCCGACCAAUGCCACCCCGAGCCACUGGCCGGGCGUCAACUUGACCCAAGCCUGGAACGACCUCGAGCACCUCAGUAGCGCCUAUCACCCUUUCAACAGCAGGGACAACGUCGCCGUGCGCAAAUGGCUGUUAGCCCGCGUCGGAAGCAUCCUCGAUGCCAACGAGGUUGAUUGGAAAGAGGCGGCCGAGAACACAAAGUCCACUCUGCCUGUCACUGUCUUUGACAAGGAUCUCAGCAAUGUGACGUACAACGACGCCAGAGGCUACACCGUCUACUACGAGAGCGCCAACAUCAUGGUCUAUGUGCGAGGUGCUCAGGACGCAGAGGGUGAAUGGUGGCGCAACAAGACACAGUACCAUGGUUCCGGCGGUGUUCUUGUCAACGCUCACUUCGACUCGGUCAGCACUGGCUUCGGCGCUACAGACGAUGGUGUCGGUGUCAUCUCAGUACUGCAGCUACUCUCACACUUCACCAAGCAGGAGAACCAGCCCAAUCGUGGCAUCUUGUUCCUUUUGAACAAUGGCGAAGAAGAUGGUCUCUACGGUGCGAAGGCAUUCACACGUCAUCCUCUUGCCCAAUUUCCCCGCGCCUUCCUCAACCUUGAAGGUGCUGGUGCCGGUGGCAGAGCCACUUUGUUCAGGAGCACAGACACAGAGGUGACCAGGUUCUACUCCAAGAGCCCCAACCCUUUCGGUAGUGUCAUCAGUGGCGAUGGCUUCAAGAGAGGCGUCGUGAAGAGCGGAACUGACUACAGCGUAUUUGUCGACGACCUAGGCAUGCGCGGCUUGGAUGUAGCCUUCAUGGAGCCUCGUGCAAGAUACCACACUAACCAAGACAAUGCCAGAGAGACAAGCGUCGAGAGUCUGUGGCACAUGCUCUCUGCGGCUCUGACUACUGCGCAGGGUUUGUCCAGCGAUACUAGUGAUCAGUUCGAGCGUUCUACAGACCAUGGAUAUGGCCAGCCCGAAAAGACUUCGGGCAGCACCGGCGUGUGGUUCGACUUGUUUGGACGUGCGUUUGCAGUCUUCCAGUUGCAUACCUUGUUCGCUCUUUCCGUGACUCUGCUCGUUGCUGGUCCUAUCUUCCUGAUCAUCUUCGAUAUGACUCUUCACAAGACAGACAAGUGGUACUUGUUCUCCAGAAAGGGCUAUCUCCAUUCUUCUGAUGACGAUUCACCCGUCAAAUUCUUUGGUUGGCGCGGCUUUUUCAGAUUCCCUCUUAUCUUCGUCGUCGCAAGCGCCAUCGUUGUAGCACUUGCGUUUUUGGUCACCAAGGUCAAUCCUCACAUCGUUUACAGUUCCGAAUACGCCGUUUGGAGCAUGAUGCUUACUGCUUGGCUUUCGACUGCAUGGUUCUUCUUCCGUCUUGGAGAUGCAGUUCGCCCUUCCGCACUUUCCCGUGCUUACGUGUUGAUCUGGCUCUAUGCUCUUUCCUGGCUCGGCUUGGUGGCUGCAACCAUCGGAGAGCAACGCCUGCGUAUGGGAUCUGGCUACUUCCUGAUCGUCUACAACGCUGCCGUGUUCUUGGCGUUGCUCAUCUCGUACCUCGAAUUCUUCGCCCUUCCCAAGAAGAGUGUUUACGUUGAGCAGGCUACAUACGCAUCCCAGAGCGUCAUCGCUAGUCCUGAACGCAGUGGCAGUCUCGUCUCUCACCACAUCGCAGACCAUGACGAUGCUUCUAGAGGCAGGGCACCAGCUGCCAAUGACAAUGAAGACGCGGAUGAACGCACGUCGCUGCUCGGCUCGAGACAGACUUUCACACGCUAUGGUCGUGACGCUCGCCGACCAGAAGACAACGACGACGCCACUGCUUCUGUACACGCACCUCCAAGCAGCGAGGCCUACGAAGGUGAGCAGGGCUGGUCCGGUAGCCUUCCAAGCUGGACCUGGCUGCUUCAAUUCCUGAUUCUGGCACCUAUCAAUAUCAUUCUGGUCGGCCAGUUAGGCUUGCUCAUGACUUCGGCUCUACACCAGACACCUGCUGACGGCAGUCCCGUUUUCAUCGUCUAUCUGUUGAUCGCAUCGACCUCAAUAUUGUUACUGCUUCCCCUGACGCCUUUCAUCCAUCGCAUAACCUAUCACAUUCCCACAUUCCUCAUGUUCGUCUUCAUCGGCACUCUCAUCUACAACCUCGUGGCCUUCCCCUUCUCCCGCUCUUCUCGCCUUAAGGUUUUCUUCCUCCAGCAAAUCGACCUCGACAACGGUAACAACACAGUCGCUCUUACAGGUCUAUCUCCAUACCUCGAGUCCAUUGUAUCUCAAUUGCCCUCGGCAGCAGACAACGGAUACCACUGUGCUGGCCCGGACUACGCUUUCUGGGCCUUUAGAGCCGGUCUCGACAGUUGUUCAUGGACAGGCGCUGCCCCUAACGUCGUACCCAAAGCAUACAAGCCCCACACUCCUGGCAUGCCUUACCCCAACAGCACCACCUCUCUCACUCUGGCCCGUAGACAAGCCGAGGUCUCCAAAUACGCCACCUGGCUCGACUUCAACAUCACACGCCCCCUCUCCAAUGCCACAAAGCGCGACUACACUUUCGAGAUCCGUGGCUCCAACACCCGUGCCUGUCGCUUAUACCUAUCCUCUGCAUUCGCAAACCUGACAGUCAGCAACGCCGGUGCAAAGCCCGAGGUCAUGAAGCCCGGUCGUGCAUCCGGUGGCGAACAACGUGUAUACCUCUACAGCAGAGAUUGGGAUGCCCGGUGGAGUGUAAACGUCACUUUCGACCAUGAAGUUGAGAAGAAACAGGCUGUGCAGGGUAAAGUCAUGUGUGUCUGGAGUGAUGCUAAUCAAGUCGGCAAUGUACCCGCGUUUGAUGAGGUCAAGCAUUUCAUGCCCGUGUGGAGUGCUGUGACCAAGAACAGUGAUGGUUUGGUCGAGGGUUACAAGCAUUUUACCCUUUAGAACUUGCAUCUCGAGGCCGAGGUAGAAGCGGAAGAAGUGGAGGUGGAAACGAUGCAUGCAUGCUGUUGAUGUUGACGAUAAUGUCUCAUUGUCCUUUCCCUUGGUUUUGGUUUUCUGGUUUAUGUUCCUGCUUAGUUCCUCAUGUCUCCAUUGUAUGUAUGUAAAGCGAAAAUGAAAAUAGAUCCUCAUGUCACCCAAGAUCAAC